CAUUCACCAUUCGGUCAGUCAACCGAUCACCCGCGAAAGUUGUGCACGUUCGUAAUUCAACGUUCAAAAUUAUUUACGAAAUAAAUUCUGUCUUUUGCAAACAUUGCAUAGGAUAUUGAAUUUAGUCGCAACGCUAAUUUAGUGCUCCUUGGUAAAUAAAUUGCAUUAGUCAUCAUAAUUAAUGCAUUAUUUUUGUAUUAAAUUGGUGAAUUUGUGCAAGUACUGUUUGUUGUGCAAAUAAUUACUUUCGCGCUUUCGAAAUUCGAAUUGCGUAGUCGUUAGUAUUCCCGGGUCGGUGCAGUUCAUUGGGAAAAUGAGUCUGAGUCGUUUGUGUCGCGUUGUGAAGUGCGAUUUAGUGAAAGUUCAGUCAUCUAGUGCGUUGGUUUCGAAACUUUGGGGACCUUGUACUGUGAGGGAAGUGAGCACAUGUAACACGCAGCGAGCAAGUGUUGCCCAACACAACUCGAAGCCGGACUGGAAUCGAGCAGUGAGUGAGGCGGAGAAGAUUGUCGGAUAUCCCACCUCCUUCCUGAGUCUGCGAUGGGUCCUGAGCGAUGAAAUUGCGAACGUAGCUUUGCAUCUGCGCAAAUUGGUCGGGAGCAACCAUCCUUUGCUGAAGACAGCUAAGAACUUAAUCUACAAUGGCAAGAACAACAUGCAAGCGUGGGGGCUCAUCGUGCUUCUGGUAUCAAAAGCAGCCGGCCACAGCCCCGAGAUCCCAGACAUGGAGCAGGACAAGGCUGCUGGUGUCUUGCAUAGUCAACGAGCUCUUGCAGAAGUAACAGAGAUGAUCCGCACCUCUCACUUGGUGCACAAAGGGCUGGUCAACAUGAACUCCAGACAACCUAUAGCGGCCGAACCUGAUGACAUGAUGUUUGGCAACAAGAUAGCUCUGCUCAGCGGAGAUUACCUGCUCGCUAACUCUUGUUCUGAGCUGGCGAAUUUGAGGAACCAAGAGCUGGUAGAACUGAUGUCUUCAGCAGUGCGAGACCUGGCUGAAGCGGAGUUCCUCGGCGAACGUGAUGAGCAGAACAACCCACUGCCAUCGAGACCAUUGCCUAAAGAGCAGAUACAGGAAGCAUCAGAAUGGGACAUAAUAACAGACCCUCUCCCAAUGGGCGGAGUGAUCGGUUGCGCUGGCCGCGAGUGGUCAGCGCGUCACGUGUUAGCGGCGGGCGCUCUGCUGGGUAAGAGCUGCUCUGCUGCUCUGAAGCUGGCUGGACAUAACCAGGAGUUGCAGACGCAGGGCUACCUCUUCGGCUGUCACCUCGCACUCGCAUGGCAAGCCUUCCUAGACCUGGAAGCGUUCACAGGCCCCGAGCCCGCUAGCUUCUCGCUGGUGGGGGCUCCGCUGGCCUUCACGCUGCAGGCGCGGCCUGAACUGUACGAGUAUAUUGAAGCUGGCAAGAAGAGUGUGCAUGAUGUGGAUUAUCAUGCGCUUUAUGAAGCAGUGGUAUCAGGGCCCGGCAUCGAGGAGACGCUGCGGCUGCAGCGCUCGCACACGUCCCGCGCGGUGCGGGUGCUGGACAGCUUCCCCGCCUGCGACGCCCGCACCGCGCUCGCCAACAUCAUCGUCGCUAUGCAUCAUGAUCAUCUCUAGUGUCAGGCAUACACAUAGUGUCAUCCACAGCUAUACAAGCAGUAGUAUCAUAGCCUCCCCGCCGGCAUCUGAUGAUUUUUCCCCGAAUACGGUACCCGUAAACUGUAUCUACUCGUCAUCAUCAUCGUCGCUAUGCAACAAGAUCAUCUCUAGUGGGGAAAAUAAAUAGUGUCUUCGUUAUUUUUGUAGAUAUAUUUUGUAAGGACUAUCUCUUUGAGAGCCGAUAUUCC